AUGCUGCAGCUGCGUGCUGUCGAGAUAGGAGAAGACGGCAUACCAAGCUGGCAGCAGAGACGAGGCGGCAGGGAGUGGAGCUCGAGGAGGAACCCGACACUAGCAGAUUCGCUAGCAUAUCUCCAAUGCCAGGCACUUCUUUGGCAGGCAGGAGUUCUCCCGAAGUUUCUUGGUUUGCUGUUUCGCGUUUGCCUGCCGUUCGAGCGGCUGUGGCCUCCAGCGAUGACAGCUUGGGUCCAGAGCUCUGCAGGGUCGAUGGCUUCUGCAGCCUCUGCCGCUGAUUGCUCCCUCGUGGAUUCACCACCACUUGGCCUUCGCAGAUUCCUUUGGUCCAAAUCCGGCGGUGUUAGAAAUGUCUCAGACGAACAUCCGAACAGCACAAAACGUAACUUGUUGCGACGGUGA